GCUUGUGUCAUUAUCACACGAAACGGAAAGAUAGCGUGCCCGUGUUUUUUACUUUUGUGCUAAGUUGAAUAAGAUUGUGAGAGAAGAAAGUUUUACCAAAAUAACAAACAUUAAAGUGGUAAUCACGAUACAAAACUAAAUUUUCAAAAUGACACAAACAUCGCUGCCUAAUCCUAACACAUUGUUACCUCUCGAACUUGUGGAUAAAUGUAUUGGUUCCCGGAUUCAUAUCAUCAUGAAAAACGAUAAAGAAAUGGUCGGCACACUACAAGGUUUCGACGAUUUCGUCAAUAUGUUACUGGACGAUGUAACGGAAUAUGAAUCCACGCCAGAAGGUAGAAAAAUAACCAAACUAGAUCAAAUCUUACUGAAUGGAAACAACAUAGCAAUGCUGGUGCCUGGUGGCGAAAUGCCGGGUGAUUCUUACGACGGAUAGUGAUUAGCAAUAUAAUUUAUAAAUAAAGUAUUUAUAAGUGUAA